UCUAAGUCAGAAAACAUGGAUUCAUUAGCUAACUCGGAUUCCGAGAGAAGAGCACCCGAAACUGAUGUGAUAGAGAAAUACAACGAAGACAAUUCAACCGAUCAAACAAUCAAAACUUGUGAAAAAGACGAAAGCAAAGAUUUGGCGAUUCAUGUAGAGAACGUUUUAAAUGAUGAGAAAACUGAUUGUGAAGAUAAGGAAGAGUGUCCAGAUACUCCUGUGACUGUGGAAACUCCAAAUCAAAUCGAUGAAGUAAACGAAAUCUCCGAUGAAGUACUCCCCAAACCGUAUGUCACAAAGAGAUUUUCGGUUGACUAUAAAAAAAAUCGUAUAGACAUCAAGCGAUAUUCCAUUGACUGUAGUAGAAAUGUUACGCUAGACGAGCUGGCUAGUCUUGAACAAGAGUUAGCGCGGACUAACGUGGGUGUGAGGCUUGGACCGAGGCGGAAGUCGUCUGGUAUAUUGAAGUCGACUUCAGAGAGCAUGGAGAGUUGUGACAAACGAUUUAAGGCGAAGCACGAUUCCGCAUCUGAUGAUGACGAAGUCUUCGAGAAGCCAGCAGUUUUGAACGAUUAUGAGGGACCCAGAGAACCACCAGCGACACCGGUCGGUCGUGAUGAGUUAGCUCUUAGGAGGCACAGGUUCUUCUCAGACCUCGUGUGUGCAGCCCGAGCUGCUGUAGAACAUCGCGUGCGAUUUGACCCACUCGGUCCCGUUGUUGCUGAUUCAGGUGGAGACGCAGAGCCAUCCCUCGCGACACACAGCUCGGCUGCCGAUCUAGAGUCUCUAAUUGAGCGUCUAGAGCGUGUGACAUCGCGGUUAGAGCGCCUGCCGGUGUUGCUAUCGACGACACUGACACCGCCCAGCUCUCCGACACCGUUAACAGUUCAAAUAGACCUCAUAGAAACGGACAAUAUGAGUAUCAACGGAUACCAGGAGCUGAUGCAGGGCCCCCUGCAGAGCUAUUUACAGCUGUCUAAUCAGCUCGGUGGUGAUAUUGCCACACACGCUAACCUAGUCAACGAAGCUUUCCAAGAACAGUUACGUUACAUCCAGCUAGCGACAACUCGUUCGAAGCCGUCUCAAGCGGAAGACGUCCAACUGCUUGGACCUACAAGCGCGAAGAUCUCAUCCAUUCAGCAGUUCCGCGAGAAGAACAGAGCCUCUAAGUUCUUUAAUCAUCUCUCAGCUAUCUCUGAGAGUAUUCCGGCUCUAGGAUGGGUGGCUGUGUCGCCAACACCGGCGCCCUACGUCAAGGAGAUGAACGACGCCGGCCAGUUCUACACAAACCGCGUUCUCAAGGAGUGGAAGGAGAAAGACAAGACCCACGUAGACUGGUGCCGCGCUUGGAUUCAACUGUUGUCUGAUCUUCAGGCCUAUGUGAAACAAUAUCACACAACGGGUCUCGUGUGGUCGGGUAAGGGCGGUGCUCCACCACCACCCCCCGGUGGUAUGCCACCACCACCACCAGCUCUGCCUGAAGUGGACUUCGCUAAUCUAGCAGCCGACGACCGCAGCGCACUCUUCGCUGAGAUCAACAAGGGAGAAGCCAUUACUAGCAGUCUCCGUAAAGUGACAUCGGAUAUGCAAACCCACAAGAACCCUCAGUUGCGUCAGGGACCCGCACCCUUCAAGGCGCCAGCUUCCAAGGCCCCAGUGAAGGCCCUACCCACUCCGGGGGCCGGCUCUCUGCCCGACAAGCCGCCUGUGUUCGCUAGGGACGGGAAGAAAUGGGUUAUUGAAUACCAGAAGUCUAAUCAGAACCUGGUGGUCGAGAACGCUGAUAUGAACAACGUGGUGUACAUGUUCCGUUGUCGCGACUCAGCUCUCACGGUACGAGGAAAGAUCAACGGGGUGGUGUUGGACUCCUGUACCAAGUGCGCCGUCGUGUUCGACAACCUCGUCUCCAGCGUCGAGUUCGUCAACUGCCAGUCGGUACAGAUGCAGGUUUUGGGCAAGGUGCCGACGAUCUCUAUCGACAAGACGGAUGGUUGUCAGAUCUACCUGUCCCAGGAGUCGCUCGACGUGGAGAUAGUUUCAUCCAAGUCCUCUGAGAUGAAUGUUCUGGUGCCCACAGCCAGCGGAGAUUACUCGGAGUAUCCGAUCCCGGAACAAUUCAAGACUCUGCUGAACAAGCCGCCCACCGGUCUUACGACAACGCCAGUCGAAAGCAAGGGCUAAACAUUGUCAAGCGCAUCGCCAUCGUCUGUGCAUUCGUAAACACCAUUGGCCCGACUUGGGCCGCACAUAAUAUAAAAUGCACAUUAACAGUACACCUUGUAAUUUAAUCCACUAGUUGCAAAUGCAUAUUUGAUAUCGGCGAUAUAAUUCAUAAUGAUUUACAACAGUAAAUUUCUUGCUCAUCUCGCUGGAUCCUAGUUCGUAAGGUAUAAAUCGGUAUGACGUAGACAUAACUAACAUUCAUAUUUACUGGCCUUUAUGUGUAAUAAAGAUGUUCCUCGAUCAGUCUGUUUGUAUUUUCUUUUUGGACGGAUCGCAGUACGUACCUUUGGUACGCGGUCGCUGUAGACGUAAGGGGUGUGACGUCUUGAAAUUAUUAGUAUAAUGUCUUGCAUUUCCGAUUCGGCUGUCAGUUACUUGCUAUAGUGAUUCUAAAACCCCGAUUAUUGUCGACCGUGUAAGAGUUUUCUCUUUAAUUUACUAUCUAAGUAACUAUUUAAAAUAACAUUUAAUAUUAUGUGAUUAUUCUCAGAAAUUAUUUUAUUUUUUUUAGGACAGACAUUUUUUUUUUUAUAUAAAUAUUGUAAUUGUAAUUUUUUUUUUUUUGGUAUUAAUUGAGGUAUUAUAAUAGAAGCAAUUAUUAUUAUCUUUAAUUGAUAUUGUAUGUGUUUGAUAUAAUUGUGACUUCGCUAAUAAGAAAUGUAAUUUACGUCAUUCUUAUUUGACGAUGUUUUAAUUUAUUUGUCUUAUUAUUAAAUAAAGGUAUUAUUAAGUACAA